AUUUUUAUUUUUUAUAAUUAAAGUGCAAAUUACACAGUGUGUUGGGAGACGAUUUCUGUUUGAUUAAAUCUGCAAGCACAAGUUGAGUGACAUAUUGGCGGAAUGCAAAGUAUGGUGGUUGAUUGUUCACUAAAACCUUGUUAGGGUUAGGGUUUUAGUAAAGUAGAGAGAUACACUUUGCUUACUCUGAACAAAUUAAUCUCUGUUCAGUUUUUUUUCAAGCUACGAAUUGGAAGAAAAUGUCGGAUUUCCUACCUCGUGAUGUGUUGAUCGACGUCCUCGCCAGACUACCGAUCAAAACCCUCGUCCGAUGCGCUUGUGUCUGCAAAUCAUGGUACUCUUUGCUCACAAACCCUAGUUUCAUCACCACACACCUCAAUCGAUCAUCUGUUGCGCACAACAACAACAACAACCUUCUACUAGUUCGAAGAUUCUCUAGUGAUGACGAUGAAGAAGAGCAUUACUCACUACUACGCUGCGAAAAAGAAAUGUUGUUCUGUGAUUAUGCAGAGCUUGACCUUCCACUGAAGAACGAUGGAGGAAACCCUUAUUUGAGGGUAAUCGGUUGCUGCAAUGGGGUCUUAUGCCUUUCCGAUGAUUUGAUUACUUACAUGGACAAGCUUUAUCUAUGGAAUCCAUCCAUUCAGAAGACGAUGACUCUUCCGCCAUUGCGUGUCACCUAUCAAUCACACGGUCCUUUUAUGCAUAGCAUCGGAUUCGGCUUCGAUUCACUGACUGAUGAUUACAAGGUUGUGAGGAUUGUGUAUCUGCACGGACCGGAUGGGUUUGAAGCUCCUCCUGAGGUUGACAUUUUCAGUGUGAGCACAGGCACAUGGCGGAACAUCAGCCAUUUGGGUCUUCCUUACACCAUCUUGGAGCGGGCUUCCCAGGCUUAUGUGAACGGUGCUGCACAUUGGAUUGCUUACGAUACGGAAAGGAGGAGUAAUUUCUUCUACUUGAUUGUGUCAUUCCACAUGGGUGAUAAGGUAUUUGGCGAGAUCAUGGUGCCCGAUAGCAUGGAAGAUGCUAACUGGAUGCUAGGUGUUCAUAUUGCUAAGGUUCAAGAAUCACUCUCUCUGAUCCAUAUCCAGCUUAUUGGCAUCCAAGUUACUUGUUGCAUAUGGGUGAUGAAGGAGUAUGGCAUAUCUGAGUCUUGGACUAAACAAUUCAAUAUUGAUAUGAGUGAAGGAUUAUUCAAAAGUGUAACUGGCUUUACAAGGAAGGGCGAAGUUCUAUUUGGGACAAAAGCUGGGUAUCUGGUAGCUUAUGAUCCGGAAGCCAACCGAGCAGUGCCUCUUCAUAUUCAUGGAUCUACCGAUUCAUGGUAUAGGGACUCAUUGUACUCAGAUGCUUAUACUGAGAGCCUAGUUUUAUUUGGAGUAAUAUUUCAUGAUACAGUCACUUGUAAGGAAUCACCUGUUUUGCAUGGAAAAGUGAGUGGAGCUAAGAAAUCCAGGAAAAGGAGAGGAAAAACAAAGAAGAAAGGGAAAGAACAGGGCUCUGAUCAGGGUGCAAAAUCAAAUGAAGAAGCUAGAGAAGGUGUGGAACUGUUGUUUGAGUAGAAGUGUCAAAGUGAAUUCUUUCCCUGUUUUUUGUUACUUUUACUUGGCCUGCGGUACAAAAAUUGUAUACUGAUAUGGUUAAAAACUUACUUUGGGCAAUGUUCAAGUAACUUAAGAAUUAUGAUGAUUUUGAAGUAUUGGAGCAUUUGGGCUUGAUGUGAACCUUCUUUGGGAAACAAAUUAACUCACUUAUGAUGAUUUUGAACACUUGGAGCAUUUGGGAUUGAUAUGGCUUUAGAAGUUGUGCUGAAAGUAUU